ACGAUAUCUCUAUUGGAAUAGCAAAAAUGCAUGCAGCCUACACUGAAUCAUUUAGUUCGGUUACAACAAUUUCUGACAACCUCGCGUAUGGCUCAAUGAAUCUAGAAACCAAAUUUGAAGAGUAUUUGAUAGAAAAUAUGACAGAGUUAAAUUUAAAUCUUUCGCUAAUUGCUCAAUUCUAUGCAUUUAGCACGGACUUUCCAGAAGAGGUCGUCAUCACACAAAAUGAUGCCAAUGGGAAUCUCAUCCAAUUUACUUAUGAAGAACUCAAUAGAAUUGUCUUCAAGGAAUUUAUCGAAGGUGUAAUUGAGUACAUAUUAAACGCCGUUGAAGCUCACCGUCCAUGCAAGCUGUUAAUCUCUGGAAAAUAUGGGGCUGAUACGCACUUUUUUAAAAAUCUUACGGAAAAAUGUGAGGGGGAGAUAAAGCUAUGUAUUUACCCUGCUAAAUCUUCGUUGGAUAUGAUUUCUUCGGGUGCAGUUUCUUCAAUUUUAAUCUCUCCCGUAUCAUCACAAAUCCCCUACUUUGACGGCGAACAAGUCUCCACAUCGAAAAAAAUCUUGGAAAAUCCCGCUAAGAAUGUUAACAGAAAUGAUGCUUACGACUUCAUUGUUGGAAUUGAUUUUGGUACCACUUUUUCUGGGUGUUCUUAUGUCCAACUUAAAGAUAAGCACGGAAAACCUAUGGAUACAAAGACCAUUAAGACUAUAAAAGACAAAUGGCCAGGAAGCGAUCUAAAUGUGUUCGGAAAAACCCCAACCUUAUUAGCCUACGAUAAGAAGAUGAAGCCGAAAUAUUUUGGUGAAGAAGCAAGAAUUCAAGCCAACCUUCAUAAAGAGCUCAACCUUCUGGAAAAUUUUAAAUUGUUUUUAUGUCCAGAAUCUUUAGAAAAUUUUUAUGGCAACAAUAAUGAUCUGGAAGAACUGAAAGAACAAGGAGGAUUUACUGAGGACAAAGACUCGAAAACCGAAGUUCAAGCGGUCAAAUUUAUUGCUGAUUACCUCAAGCUUUUUAAAAAUCAUAUCAUUGAGUACAUCGUUACCCAAGAAAUGGACGAACAUUUUACUUUCUAUAACAGGUCUAAGCUUUUAAAAAAAUACAAGAUGCGAUAUGUGAUUACCGUUCCUGCUAUGUGGAAUUCAUCGGCCCGUGACACCAUGGUACAAGCUGCGAUUGAGGCUACUCUAAUCAAAGAAAAUGAGAUCGACCAGCUUCUUAUAAUCAGUGAACCCGAAGCAGCAGCCUUGUACUGCGAAAAUAGAUUUACAGAAUAUAUAGGUGAUUUAAAAGGGGAUGUAAACGAUACAAAAUUUAUCGUCUGUGAUGCUGGCGGAGGAACCGUCGAUUUAGUUACUUUUAAUUUAAAAGUCAAUGAAAACAAGGAGAUGAUGAUUUGUCAAGCUGGUGAUGGUGUUGGUGAUACUUGCGGCUCAACUUGUCUUGAUCUGAGGUUUAAAGACUAUGUUAUGAACUUUUAUGACAGUAUUGGAGUAAAUAUGGAGGAAUCAAAAAUUCAGCUUGACUCUGUUAUGCAGCAUUUCAUAAAAAAUCAAAAGAGCCAAUUUUUGCCUUAUUUGCAAAGCGAUACUUUCUACGAUAUACGUUUGCCCGGAAAGAGCGUCUUAAAUCUUUCUAACAGUUCCAAGUAUAGAAUGGCUGAUAAUAAUAGUACACUUAGAAUGAAUAACCAAGAAAUGAAAGAUAUAGUGUUUGAUCCAAUCGUUGAUCGCAUUUUCGCUCUUAUCAAUGAUCAACUAGAGCAGGCAGAGAAAGGAGACAGAAAAAUUGACGCGAUUUUGAUGGUCGGAGGCUUUUCUCAAUCUCAAUACCUACAGCGACGCAUCAAAGACCAGUAUAAGGGUGUUUGUCGGGUCAGCGUUCCCUCCGGAGGGAUCAUGGGUAUAUCUUAUGGCGCCGUUUCUCAUGCAUUAAACCCUCGUAUGUUAACAAAAAAAAAUGCCGGACAAUCCCUUAGCCUAAAUUUCCAAGAGCCUUUUGAUAAAAACUUGAUUAAUUCAGCAAAGAAAGUGAAAGGUUCCAAUGGAGACAGAGAUUUUAAAAAAGAAUUGUUAAAGUAUUACGUAACAAGAGGUCAAAAAUUGAGAUACGAGCGAACAUUGUACAAGGAGAAUGUAUAUGUUUUGUAUCCCAACGCUGCAGUAAUAGCAAUCUUCUCUUGUGACUCUGAAGAAGACGCGGACAAUAAAUACAUUACUACUAGGCAUACCAAAAUUGUGGAAACUAGAAUUAUCAUGCCGUCUAUGGUUGGAAUAGAUGGGAGAAUAAUUCACUUCACUGUUAGUCUUCAGAUAGAAUGUAUGGGCCUCAGUGUUACUGUUGAAUGUCAAGAUCAACUAAUUAAUGCCGAAGUCCAAAAUAUCACAAGAAAUCAAUGUUCUUCUCUUAUAUUUGAGACUAUGCGUAGCAUUAAUAAAGCUCAAAGCAGAAAACAUUUACGUGGAUUAGAUUUGUUUGCCAUAGUUAACUGCCCAAAGAAAUCCAUUAUAUACGGAUCAGACCACGAGAACUUAAAAGCAUAUCCUGUCCCAAAAAUGAAAUAUCCCAGCCAGAAUUAUAUCUCGACAAAGUCUAAUGACGAAGAGUGUGUCGACUGGCUUCAAACAGCUACGACCAUCCAGGUUGUCUUUUUACUCGUUUCUGAAUGCACCCCAUUGGACGAUGUAGUACUAUUUUUGUAA